GCGGAGGAAUAUCAGGUGCAUCUCUGCGCCCUGAGGGCUAGACUCCUACACUUAAAUCCCUCCCACCGGGACAGCCGGCUCCAGUUUCACCCAGCCAGCCAGCGUGAGAACAGAACCUGCUCCUCAGCCCCGCCGUCAGCACGCAGAGCCACAUCCCCAGGCCACCACAGGUACGCAGCAGCUCCAGACGGCGGGCGCGAGACCUUCCUCGCCAGGCGCUCAGCACGUGGAGCUGGCUCGAUCACAAGCGCACGGCCACAGGCGAGACCGGGCUCGCCUCCCUGGACGCAGCGCGUGGAGCAGCGGGACAGUCCGAGCAGCACCAUGAGCCUCAAGGAGCGGAAGCCCAAGAAGCCACACUACAUCCCGCGGCCCCCGGGAAAGCCCUUCAAGUACAAGUGCUUCCAGUGCCCCUUCACCUGCAACGAGAAGUCGCACCUCUUCAACCACAUGAAGUACGGCCUCUGUAAGAACUCCAUCACGCUGGUGUCCGAGCAGGACCGCGGCCCCCGCGGCCCCCGGGCCCACGCGCCCGACCCCAGGCCGCCCCGCCAGCCGCCACCUGCGGCACAGCUGGCCGCCUCCCAGCCCCUCACCAGUGGCCUCCCCAGCUUCGACCCCAAGCCCCAGCACGGCUCUGGCAAGGAAGACGCGGAGGAGGACCUGGAGCCGCAGGCUCGAGGCACCCACGCGCUCCCACAGAAGCCAGGCCCCCAGAAGGAGGUGGUGCCAGAGGCAGCCCUGGGGGCCCAGCCUGUGCUGGAUGGGGCCCGGCCUUCCGCGUUCAUUCCAGUUGGGGAGCACAGACUUAAGGGAUCCGAAAACACAGAGGGGCCCGAAACACUGGUGUUGACCAACCCCACCGCCAAAGCCACUGCCUUCCACACCAAGUCCGCGUUUCACGCUCCUGGCUACCCUUGGAAAGCUGGCUCCCCCUUCCUCCCACCCGAGUUUCCACAUAAAAUCCCACCUACCAAGGGGUUCGGUGCCAUCUCCCCCUACGUGCACCCCACGAUCCCAGAGUACCCCCCACCCUUCUACACAGAGCACGGGUUGGCCGCCAUCUACUCCCCCUACCUGCUGGCCGGGAGCCCACCCGAGUGUGACACCACGCUGCUGUCCGUCUAUGGGGCCCCAGACCAAAGACACUUCCUGCCUCACCCGGGGCCGAUCCCCAAGCACCUGAGCCCGUCUCCAUCAACCUAUGAUCCUUACAGGUUCCUCCACCAGUUCCACUCCAACCUGCCGAUUCCCUACGGAUUUUACAGACCAGAGUCUGCAUUUUCCUCCUACAGCCUCAGGCUCCCGCCCGUCACGGGCAUCACCCGAGAACAGAGUUCCCGCCUCCUUGAAGAGGCCACUCUGGUCUACCCGGCCUCAAGUCCCUCCGAGUUAAGCCCUCCAAACUCCCACAAAAAAACCACAGAGUUCGAGAAAGGAAGUCCAAUUCCUGAGGCUAAAGACCCUUCCAAAGAUGGGCAGAGGGACAUGGAGGGGGCCAAAAUGAGCCCACGUGCAGGCAGUGCAGCCACAGGCUCCCCGGGAAGGCCAAGCCCCACCAACUUCACACAGACAAGCCAGGCAUGCGAAGGCCUGUGUGAUCUCUCCAACAAAGGGUCCCCAAGUACCCUGGGGUGGCGCCCACAGCCUGGACAGAGCCCCACAGCCUUCAGACCCGUCCCAAAGAGCACAGAUUGCCCUCACUCCCAGGUUCCUGCGAAGGGCACAGAGUCUCCAAAAAGCUUCAAGGCCGGGAAUGGAGACCCCCCAGCUCAAACAGCAAGCACUCUUCUCAACACGGAGGCCACACACACGAACCCCGAGGACAGCUCCAGGACAGGCCCCCUCAACCUCUCCAAGAAGUCAGAGCCGAGACCUGCAGCCUCCGGAGGAGCAGGGCACACAGGCAGCGCCGCGGCAGAAGCCCCCAGCCUUGCUGAGCCGCAGGACUUGCCCCUCAAUCUCUCCGUGAAGGACCCCUGCAAUGCCCGGGCUCCAAGGCCUACCGUCCCCAGCCCACCGCAAGGUGCAGAACCCACUGCUGCUCCCAGGACAGGGACAGGAAGUCCCAGAGACGGCCCAAACCACACAGAGGCCCAGCAGGACGAGGGCCCAGGCGGGAAGGCCCCAGCCUCCCGCGUGGUGGACAGCAGUGAGGAGCAGAAGCAGACGGCUGCCGUGGCCCUCUGUCAGCUGGCAGCCUACAGCCCAGGACACCUGCUCGUGGGUGACGAGGAGCCCACUGCCCAGGAGCCAGGCUGCCAGGACACGUCCACUCUUGGUUCCACAGAGAGCCAGGGGGCUCAGUGUGACCUUAGACCCAAAGGACAAAAGAGAACCAGUCAAAGAGAUGCAGGAAAAUCACAGCAAGGAAGUAAGAAGACAAAGCCAAGCGACUCAGCAGCCCGAGUGUUCACACUGCGCAAGAGGACCCGGGUGUCCUGAGGCCACUGCCCACAGCCCGCCCACCAGCCCAGAGGGUGCCUGCACUUCCCAGUCGGCCGCCGGACAUCUCACCUCUCCACGCCUCAGAACAUCCCACGGUGCUUCGUCCUGGCUGUAGAAAUGUCCAAGACUGGGGUCCAGUCUGCGCCUCCACUACUGGAAUGGCACCCUCAGCACCCCACAGUGGGAAGUGACUGUGCAGGCAGCCGCUUCCUCAGGACCGCUGUGAGCAGGUUCUGACAACCACGUUAGCACUGGGACAGACUGUUCUGAUUUUCUACACUUAGCGAUGUGUUCUAAAGUAAACAGCAACCAUUGGGAAGUGCCAGGAAGAAACACUGGAUCGCAGCAUCCACAAGCCACUUACAGAACACGUGGACCAAGAGCUAUUUAUAGAGGUAACUCACCUCCAUGAGGGAAGACCCACCCCCAGUGAGGGCGAGAUCCAUUCACGCCAACUUCCUGACCUGCUCAGUCUCCCUUCCCAUCCCUAAAAUGGCGUGUAUGUUGCUAAUUCUCCAAUAAACUCAUGUGAACUUAAAUGGUACAUAAAGCGGGACAUGUUAGCGUCUGGGGCACCCUUUGGAGUAUUUUGCAGUAACAGUCAAGGAAGAGCCUGCGGCUGAGGCAGCAGUGAGCCUGAGAAGGCAGCAGGUGUGGGUGUGCGCGGCGUGAGCUCGUGAAUGACCAGGGCGACCGCGGGUCCUGGGCCCAGCGGCCUGGAGCUGUGACGGGGCUCCCUCCCUCGCCCACUCCCCACACCAUGCCCCUCACACUAGGCCUGCCCCUGAACCCAGGCGUGGGUGCUGACAUGCUAGCAGAGGUGUCCUCCCUUGGGAAGGCAGUCCACAGGCCGUGGCUGUGACAGCACCAAGGCCCGGGCUGCUGGGGGCGGUGUGCAGGCACCGGGGUGGGUGUGGAGGACCUCACCAGGAGCACUGCAGACUUUAGAACUGCUGCUGCUCCCAGCUACCAACCGGAGUGAAGGGCCUCAGGCCCUUCGAGUUCAAGAUGGAGGAAAGUAGGGGUCAUGCAGAACCCUGCCCGACUCACCAAGGACCCCCUGAGCUACAAUCACAGCCCACAGCUGCACUUCAGCAAAAUAUUGUUUUAGCUUGAUUUGAAUUAACAAUUUUCUAAGUAUCUUCACUUAUUUCAUAAAAAGACAUAUAAGUUGGGUAUAAUAGCGGGAUUCCAUGUGAAGUUCCAUACUGAUAAUUUCUCAAAAGAAAAACUCUUUGUAACAGGAAAUCUAAAAAUCUCCAGUAUCAAAUUUUGCUUAUGGAGACACAUGACAGGGAGUCAAUCAAAGAUGCCUGAGCAGAGUGUAUCAUAUCAGGAAAAAAAAUCCUCCAGGAAAGUAGUGGAAACGGAUUUAUAGAAAAAAAAAAAAAAGAAGAGAUUCCAGUGAGAGAAAACUGUCCUGAGUUUUUUAGGUUUUUGUUGUUGUUGUUGUUGUUUUUAAACAUUUUUCUUUUAGUUGUCAAUGGACCUUUAUUUUAUUAUUUUUAUUUUAUGUGGUGCUGAGGAUCGAACCCAGUGCCUCGCUCGUGCUAGGCAAGUGCUCUACCACUUAGCACAGCCCCACCCCUGUCCCGAGUUUUAACGCAGGUGGCAGAAACCAAGCUUCAAGGACUGGAUCCCCUGCACGCAUUUAAGAAUGCCACGAUGCCUUUUCUUUAAAUACUGAAAUUUGAAUGGAAAACAUUAUUUGUAACUAAAUAAAAUUAGAGAGAAAUAUACACACCAACCUGUAAGAU